AUGUCUCACUUCCAUUUGGAUGUUCGAAGUCGUCGCCUGUACCUGCAUAAUGCCUCAGAGGUUGUAAAAAGUACAGAACUAAUGGACUUGAAGUUGAAGAAUGGAGAGAUUCUUCUACAUAACUACUGGCGCGGUUGCCCGGAGUUCGCUCCUCUUAGCUGGCACGAAAAGGGCAAGCAUAGUGUUGUCCGUGUGACGGAUUGUGCCGAGGCAUUGUUCUACAUCAUGUUGGAAAUGAUGGGUUUGAUGACAUGGCGAGGCUUGAAAACGGAUGAGAAACUCGCAAAAGCUACUCGGGAAUAG